AUGCCGAGAUUGACAGCGCAGCAGCGAGAAAGAGCAUUGGGAAUGUUGGAGAUGGGCGCCACUCACGACCACGUCGCUCAAACCCUCGGCUGUCACCGCGUAACAGUGUCCAGACUCGUCCAACGAUAUCGCCAGACUGGCCAGACUACUGAUAGACCCAGAACUGGCCGACCCAGGGUUACAACACCACGCGAGGACCGGUACCUGCGCACAUUGCACUUGCGCAACCGUUUCCUGACGGUGACGUCAUCGGCGGCGUUGGCGUUAGGUCGUCGUGUCAGUCGACACACAGUGACCAGGCGGCUUAGAGCUUUUGGCAUCAGGGCUUACAGACCGUUCCGGGGACAGCGGCUGACCCAGGCACAUCGACAGAGACGACUGGAGUGGGUACGGCGAGUACUACGAUGGCAGCGACGUCAAUGGCAGCGAGUGCUCUUUAGCGACGAGAGCAGAUUUUCUUGUACCGAAACGAUGGCAGGGCACGGGUUUAUCGUCGUACUGGAGAACGACAGGCCGCCUGUUGCGUUCAGGAGGUCGUUCCCUAUGGAAUGGGAAGUGUGA